UUAUUUGUGAAUUAUUUACUCAAUUGUGUGUAAUUUUAAAACUACCCUUGUCAAUUCACCAGGUCCGAUGUCGAGUUACGGCAGCAUGUCGCCGUCAGACGAAGGCUUCGAUAGAUAUGAACCGCCUUUCUACUGUCAACCUACACAUCAAGGUAGUCCAAUGGAUGGAGGUGUGUACUGGGCCAACUCCAAUGGAGAAACUCACGAGUAUGACACCCAGGAUGUUUACCAUGACACUAAUAAUUACAUCGGUAGAGGAUACGGUUACGAGGAUAUGCAGAUAGCUGGGAACGAGCCAUACGAUACGUAUCACCAUAAUGUUAUGCACCACAGCUUCGCACCCAAUAACCCUGGUCUGGAUUGUGAGAUGCAAUCUCUACCUCUCCGUUACGAACGACCGACUCCCUCUUCUUUCGUGAGAGUUGUCAAGAGGAGAACGACAGCAAAUAAGAAAGAGAGAAGACGAACGCAGAGUAUUAACACCGCUUUCACCGAUCUCAGAGAAUGUAUACCAAAUGUACCUCCUGAUACGAAACUAUCUAAGAUGGUGCGAAAGAGAUCGCAGAGCAUCAACACUGCGUUCUCAAACCUCAGGGAUCGUAUACCAAGCGUUCUACCCGAUACAAAGAUGACCAAGAUUAAAACUUUACGUCUUGCAACAUCGUACAUCUCCUACUUACUAAAAGUUCUGGAGACCGAUGGGGAGCCAGCGGGGGGGUUCCGGGCGGAGUUACACCAUACACCACCGAGGCGAAGAACUACAGAUCCUAAUGCACAGAACAGUGCAUUGGUAGAAAAGAAGGCUAAAGGUAGAACAGGCUGGCCACAACAUGUCUGGGCUUUAGAAUUGAAGAGCGAACAGAAUCUACAGACUUAAAUAGUCUAGAUUAAUUACUAUAAGUUUAAUUGUUGAUAAUUAAAGUAAAAUGAAUACUUAACUGCCUCAGAGUAGCGUUAAAGGAUUUCUUAUACAUAUAAUCUAAGAGAUUUCUAUCAAAUAUACAUUAAGGGACUCCCUUAGUUAACGUCUCUGCGUAGACAUCGUGAAGAAAUAGUUACCACCAUUCCAAGAGGCGUCACUUGACCUUUCCAUGAAUACCAAAAAUUAUACUAUGGAUAUUUGACCAAAGAUUAUAGAUUUACAAUUUAUUAGCUUUUGCCCGCGACUCCGUACGCGCGGAAUUAAAAAAAAAAAACUUUAUAAGUAGCCUAUGUGUUCUUCCAGACUAUGUUCUACGUCUAAUAAAUUUCGUCACGAUCCGUUGAGCCUGGAAAUACCUUCUAACAAACAUCCAUCCAUCUAAACAUUUGCAUUUAUAAUAUAAGUAAGAUCAUGUGAACAAGUGAAUGAGAGAGAAAAAGGCCUCCGGAAUAGUCUAUGGUCUGGAUGAAUUCUCUUAGUGUUGUCAUUUACAAUAAAUAAUGACAUUUCGAAAAUUCUUUAUUAUACGUCUUUGUAUGGAAGACAUCUUUAGGUUGUUUAUCUAUGCUAAAGACCUUCAACAUACGCAUCAAAUAAUAAUGU